AUGGGCGCCAAGCAGAGCGGCCCGGCCGCUGCUAACGGCCGCACCCGCGCGUACUCGGGCUCCGACUUACCCUCCAGCAGCGGCGGAGGGGCCAACGGGACCGCCGGCGGCGGAGGGGCGCGGGCCGCGGCCGCCGGGAGGCUUCCGGCUCAGGUGCCGGGCGCGCACCAGCCCAGCGCCUCGGGCGGCGCCGCGGCGGCCUCGGCGGCCCCGCGCAGCCGCUCUCUCGGCGGGGCCGUGGGCACCGUGGCGUCGGGGGCCCGCGCCGCGCAGUCCUCCCUCAGCAUCCCCAGCAGCAGCAGCGGCCAGUACGGCUCGCAGGACUCGGUGCACAGCAGCCCGGAGGACGGCGGCGGCGGCGGCGGCGGCAGGGACCGGCCGGCGGGCGGGGGCCCGGGCGGGCCGCGCCUGGUCAUCGGCUCGCUCCCAGCUCACCUCUCGCCGCACUUGUUUGGAGGAUUUAAGUGCCCUGUAUGCUCAAAAUUUGUGCCCUCAGAUGAAAUGGAUUUACAUCUUGUGAUGUGUUUAACAAAGCCAAGAAUAACCUAUAAUGAGGAUGUCCUGAGUAAAGAUACUGGGGAAUGUGCGAUAUGCCUGGAAGACUUGCAGCAGGGGGACACGAUAGCACGGCUGCCUUGUCUGUGCAUCUACCAUAAAGGCUGCAUAGAUGAAUGGUUUGAAGUAAAUAGAUCUUGCCCUGAGCACCCUUCAGAUUAAGCAUCAGCUUCCUGUUUUAUAGGUUUUCUUCUCUUCUCAAGAUGCUUAAAAAAACAAGAGGAAAUGGGGAUCUGUCUCUGGAAAAGCAAAAACAAAAAAUGCAGGCAUACUCAGCCAAAAAUCUGAGUUCUGUGCGACUCAGUUGAUGCAGAGGUGGACAAUCAUAUAGGGAAAAACCCUGCUGGAGGGAGGACAUUUGCCACAGAACUCAGUGCACCAAACAUGACAUAAGGACUCACAGGGAUUUUGAAAAUGCUGCACAUCCCUUAAUAGUCAUCUACAUAGGUAAUGCUGAUAAACAUUUUGUAUGCAGACGCCAAAGUUAACUGAUUUAAAAGUUGAUUUACUUCUUAUUAAGUUCUCUAGAGCUGCGCAACUAGUGUUUUGAUUUGUUGUGUUUUUUAGUUUGGGGGUCUCUUUGUUUUCCCCAACAUGAUUCUGCAUUCAUCUAUUUUAAAAUUGAAGACCACAUAUACUCUUCUUCCUAUAAAUUAAAGUCUUAAAUGUGAAACCAAGAAAUGUAAUCAAGCAGUGAAACGUUCUCUGAAUGUAGACCAUGAUCUCAAGUUCUAAUAUUUUCCCCCCAAGAGUGGAAAAUAGACUUCUACAUAGGAAAGCUAAAAUACUUUAACAUUUUAAGUUAAAAGUUUAAUGUUAUCAGAAUGCAGUCCAAAGAGUAAAUCAGGUUACAUAAUUACAUUUUAAUGAAUUAAAUAUUGGAUUGUCUACUGAAUUGUAAUUUCUUAAGUAUAUUCUUUCCUCUUAAAUAAAACUGCUCAACAGCUAAUCAGCAUUGAAUCAUCUUGCAGCUAUGCAACUUUAAAAAAAAUACAAAUUACCAGUUUUAAGUGCUGCCAGGUACAGUAAUGUUGUUUUAACGGGUAUUUUCAUUUGUUCUUUUCAUGUAAUUAUUUAAUUGUGCUUUGCAUCUCCAGGCAGUUUUCCCACAUUUGGGUAAAUGUUUUAGCAGGUUGUAAGCUUCAUAACUUAUGAAAAGAGUAAAAUAAAAUUUUCUUGAGUGAAACUUGGAAUAAUUUGAGGGACUUUUAUAUACUUUUAAAAAUCAGAAAUCAAUUAGGAUGCCAGAUUUAUAGUAGUUUGCAUCUUUAAUUUUCCAGAUAAUCUGGAAGUUAGUGUUUGAUAAAUGAUUUUUAAAGCAAAUAUGAAGAUUUUGUUAAUUUAUAAUUUAUUAGUGUGUUGUUACUGUAAUUGAAAAUGUUAUAGAACAUUUAAAUUCAGUCUUGUGUAGAAAGAAAUGUAUUAAGCAAAAUUAUGUGAAUAAAUAUUCCCACAAAAUACAUCUGAAUGGUUAAAAAAUACUGGAAGAGAGUUACUAGGGCUGCAAUACAGAAAUGUCCUAUUUUUUCUUUUUUUGUGUUUCAAUAUCAGAAAUCCCAAUAAGUAGAUUCCUAUUUUCAACCUGGGGAAAUGUUAUCAGUGAGCAUUUAAGCAGUGCACUUUAUUUGGCAUAAGUGAAAGUUGCACAGAAACAUUUCCUUGUUUUAAGCCUUCUUUCAUGUAUUUAAGUAUUUGUCUUUCUACUUAAUGCUGCUAUUCUUUAUUCUUUUUUUCUCUCUGUUGUUUUUGUUUCUCCUACCCCCCUCCCCCCCUCUUUGAAGGGCAUGUACAGGAGCAACUGCUGCUACUCAGCAAAAUGUGUGUAUUAUAAACAAUUAAAGAGUUCUUCAUUGCUUUCCGUGUGAUUCUAGACCGGAUAACAUUUUCCCUAAAGUCAUGCUGUGAAAUGCCUUUGUUAUGCUGCACUUGAUAAAGGAAUUCCAAAACUCCAGUGUGACAGCUGACAGCACAGUUUCAUAGGUGCUUUUUAAACCAGUUUUGGAAAAUAUUUUUCCCUCAAGGAAAAUAUUCUUUUCUUAAAUUUUUUCUGUUAUCACGAAAUCUUAAUAUGAAUCCACUUUAUUCCACAUUUUCAAUUUUGUAAGCUUUCACACACACGCACACCGCAGGAAAAACCUGUUAGAAUGUGAAUAAUUCAUUUUUUUCUACCUCUGGUAUAAUGUUAUUUUGUUGUCUUCCAUUCUUGAAGGGAAGGAUUUACUGUAGCUGUGGGGGUUCACUGCUCAAGUUCUUCUGGAAGUUGACUUUCUGAUAUGAUUUACUCACUGACUUUUAGAGUGUAUCGGCGUAGGUUCCCCUCGGUUCCCCUCUGCCUUGAUCCUGGACCUCACCUUCGUCUUCUUCUGUGAAGUCUGUGCUGCAGCUGCUCAGCGUCUGUCAGUGUCAAGCGCGACUUGUCACUGCAUUUGUCUGGAACAGUAUUGACUUAACUUGUUUAUAGCAAUCCUUUUUUAAUUAAAACUUACAAAAGUUAGCAUUUUUACUUUAAAUUCACUCUCCAUCAAUACUUCCUAAAAAGAACUGAGAAAUUGAAAAGAAAAUGCUUUUCAAGCCCCGAUGCUCAAAGUUGCUCUUCUGGAAAAUGCUAUAAGUAAUAUUCUACAUAAUGCCACAUAAUAUUUGUAACCCUGUAUGCAGACACUGAAUAGUGUAAGUAGGACAUAAAAUGACGUUUGUUAUUUAAAUGUGUAGCUCAAAGUACUGGCAGCUGAAUAUUAUGGAGACAAAAUAAAGAUUGAAAGCCUAGGUCAUCAAGUUGGUGAUAGCUUUCUAGAAUCUUUGUAAAUACUUGCAAAUAAGAUCACACUUGCAAAUAUAGGGAACAGUAUGUUCUGAAAUUUCACUUCAGUGCCACUCUUUUCUUCAUAAUAGAUUUAACUGCCAGUUUUGACUCUUCGUCUUACUGAGAUCUGACUUUUCCCCCCCUCAGGAUGUGUAAGAGAGCAGAAUUAUUGUCUGACUUUCUGCUCUUUGCCAGAGAAAAAGACUAAGCAAGCACAUUAACCUGUGUUUUUCAGAGAUGGUUAUAAAUCAGAUAUAGAUUGUGUUUUAAGAGCAGUGUUUAUGAUUGAAAUGUAAAUAAUGGUUUCUAUAACUGAUUUUUCUGUAGUAGCUGAAACAUUUAAAAACAUGCUAUUAUCUGUUGCAUACUAUAUAGGUUUUCUAUUUCUUUUAUAAGCCAUACAAUUAUUUCAGUUUUCACCCCCUAAAUUAGUAGAAUAUGUAGCCCAAAUGCCUGAGGGGCACCCUCAACAUAUUUGCAAUAUGUAUUUCAGUUAUUAAAAAUGGCAGAUUCCA